UAUGAGAAGGCGCAAGACAAGCUUAAUUCCCUCCAGUACUCAUCCGACACUAACAGUGAAAGAGAAUUGGGACGGGGCAAAAGGAAGCGGCAACGUGCGAUGCGUUUUCGAGAUGGCGAGGACAACAGCAGCACAGACUACGGUCACAGUGAUGAAUAUGUCCAACCAAGGGCACCGACACCACCUCAACCACUAUCCACAGGGAGGUAUGAGCCAACCUAAGCAGAGCCGUCUUACCAGCUUUCGGACUGUACAGAUAUCCGGGACUGUUCGUCUCUCACGGAGGCUUCACAACCAAGUUCACAGGCCGCUGCACUGUACAGACCAGCAUCUACGCCUUUCGAGAGAGGGCAGUAUAUCGAAGUACAAGUGCCUGAAUCAGCAUACAGGCCAGUAUCCACAUCUCUUGCUGAAGCUACAAGGUCACACACGAAUACGCAUGUGCUCGGUGCUUUGCACAGGUCGGAAGCUGCCAGCUCAUUCACAGAAUUGCAAACUCGUGGCUCAUCGAAUAUACCAGUAUCUGCAUCCCUUACUGGAGUUACAAGGCCACACACGGAACCACACGUACUUGAUGCUUUAUGCAGGCCUCCUCCGCCACAUGCUGAAGUUGCCAGCUUUACAGAGUUGCAACCUCUUGGUAUGUCAUGCAUGCAAUAUAAAUUUUUGCUGGUUUUGUUCACCGAAUCCAAUUUUUGCCUUUGGACAUUUAAUGCACUACAGUCAGGCAGAGCAUAACCUGUGGUGUCGUUUAUAUUCACAUUCAUCGUACAGGCCAGUAUCCACACGUGUGACUGGAACUACAAAGUUGCACGCAGACCCACAAGUGCUCGCGUCGGCCUACCGGGGCCAAACAUGA